AAACAAUUUGUUUGAGGCCAGCAAGUGAAAAAGAACUGAAGUUACCUUUUUUCCCAAACAAAAAUAAACAUUUACCACCAUCAUGAUAGCCCGACGUGCCAUCUACACACUCAACACUAAAACUCUACUCCAACAGUGGAAGAACCAUGUUUCGAAUACGAUGGUGUCAAUAAGUCCAAAUUCAAAUUCAUUCAGCUUCAGAGCAACAAGUAGAAGAAGCAGUAGCAGAAGCAAAUCAAAUUUUCUCACUUUUUCAACCUCGAGCUCGGCGUGUUUGCAGAAAAUGUCAGGAAAUUCGAAGAUCCUUUUCGAUAGCCUCGAGGAAAGCGAUCCAGAGCUUACUAAAUUGAUUAAAGAAGAGAAAAUACGACAAAGGUGUGGUUUGGAAAUGAUCGCAAGUGAGAACUUCACAUCGGUAGCCGUUUUGCAAACACUUAGUUCAUGUGCACAUAACAAGUAUUCCGAAGGACUUCCUGGUAAAAGAUACUAUGGUGGAAAUCAGUUGAUCGAUCAAAUUGAAGUGCUGGCACAAAAUAGGGCCCUAGAAACUUUUGGUCUGAAUCCUGAGGAAUGGGGUGUUAAUGUUCAACCGUAUUCCGGAUCUCCAGCUAACAUGGCUGUCUAUACGGCUCUACUAAACCCUCAUGAUAGAAUUAUGGGAUUAGAUUUGCCCGAUGGUGGCCAUUUAACGCACGGCUUCAUGACAGCUACCAAGAAAAUAUCUGCCACAUCAAUAUUCUUCGAAAGUAUGCCAUACAAAGUUAGUCCACAAACCGGCCUAAUUGAUUACGAUCAACUUGAAGCCAAUGCAAAGUUAUUCAAACCCAAAAUGAUAAUUGCUGGAACUUCUUGCUACUCCCGUUGUUUGGACUAUGAGCGUUUCAGAAAGAUUGCCAACGAUAACGGAGCCUAUUUGUUUGCGGAUAUGGCACAUAUUGCUGGGCUAGUUGCAGCUAAAGUUAUCCCAAGUCCAUUUAAGUACGCUGACGUUGUUAGUACCACAACUCACAAGACACUUCGUGGACCACGUGCAGGUAUCAUUUUCUUCCGUAAAGGUGUACGCGAAGUCAAACCCAAUGGAGAACAAAUAAUGUAUGAUUUGGAAAAUCGUAUUAACCAAGCUGUUUUCCCCGGUCUCCAAGGAGGUCCACAUAACAACACAAUAGCAGGAAUUGCUACCGCCAUGAAGCAAGCCAAUUCACCCGAAUUUGUUGCUUAUCAAAAACAGGUCGUUCUCAAUGCUAGUCGCCUAGCACAAGGAUUACAGCAAAGAGGAUAUACUGUUGUUACAGGUGGAACUGAUGUCCAUUUGAUUCUAGUUGACCUUCGGAGUGCUGGUUUGACUGGUGCUCGUGGUGAACACAUUCUUGAAGAGGUUGCCAUCGCUUGCAAUAAAAAUACAGUUCCUGGAGAUAAGUCAGCAUUGUUCCCUUCUGGAAUUCGUCUUGGUACUCCGGCACUUACUACUCGAGGUCUAACAGAAACCGACAUGGACAAAGUUGUUGACUUCAUUGAUCGUGCACUCAAAAUUGCCAAAGAUGCAACCACCAGUGCUGGCCCAAAAAUAGCCGAUUUCUACAAAAUCCUGCACGAAAAUUCAGAUCUAGCUGCUAGAGUCAAAUCUUUAUCUACAGAGGUGGAAACUUUCAGCGCUACAUUCCCCAUUCCUGGUAUUGGAGAGCUAUAAGUAUGAGCCAACAAAAAUAAAAUACACUGGAAAUAUUUAUAUUUUUUUUAUUUUGUACAAAUUAAAACAUUUUACUGACAAUCACUGAAGUUCUUGAUGUCCUAAUAAAAAUCUCAUAACUAUGUUAAAAACUAAAUACCUAUCUAACUCUUAUGCUUAACUCUCUGUUAAAUAAAAUAAAAACUUCUCUUAUAUUGAA